GACAGGAAGCAGAGGUACAGAGGUGCUGAAGUCUUUGCCCUGGAGCCCAUCACGCAGCCCUGCUCACAGAGCACAGGGCACAGAAAGCAAUGCAAGGGCGUGAAGCAAGGAAGACCCAUGUUAAUUAUUACCCGCGGCCGCUGGAUCUCUGCCCCGCCCCCGCGGUGGCCUGCUGCCUGCCCGCUGCUCUCUCCCUUGGCUGCCGCUGCCACCUGCUUUCCCCAGUGGACAUGGCCGGCAAGGCACACAGGCUGAGCGCUGAGGAGCGGGACCAGCUGCUUCCAAACCUGAGGGCCGUGGGUUGGAAUGAGGUGGAAGGCCGAGAUGCCAUCUUCAAGCAGUUCCAUUUUAAAGACUUCAACAGGGCUUUUGGCUUCAUGACGAGAGUCGCCCUGCAGGCUGAAAAGCUGGACCACCAUCCCGAGUGGUUUAACGUGUACAACAAGGUCCAUAUCACCUUGAGCACCCACGAAUGUGCCGGUCUUUCAGAGCGGGAUAUAAACCUGGCCAGCUUCAUCGAGCAAGUCGCCGUGUCUAUGACAUAGAUCUACCCUGUCUCUUAUUUCCUCGGGGGAAGGAGUGACUGACUGGAGGGGGAACCUAGGCCCUUGCUCCCUGACUCUUUCAGUGAACCACCUCCCUAUGCAGGGACUGAGACCUUUCCCCGAGCCGCUCUCCUCACUGGGGCUCUGCCAUGCUACACUGAUUUGAAUAAGCUCUCUCCUUUUUCUGUAGUUCCCAGCCUCAGUGGCAUUCUAGCUUGCUCCUUUGCUACCCGUUCUAGUUCAUUUUCCCAGGAGCUGUGAUAAAGCAUGUCAUAAAGCCCAAUUCAGACCCUACUAAAACAAGCCCCAAUGUUAUAGAAACGUGUUUAGGCUCCCAAUAAAACUGUGUUAUCGAUG